AUGAAUAUACUGACAAGACUCUGUCAGUGUUACAGACCUUUUAAUCAGGUCCUUGCUCAUUUGAAAACCAAACUCAGUAUAUGCGUUUUCUUUAAUUCAGGGGACAAGAGUGCCUUACGACCUAGUGGCCUUCGCUUCGGAACUCCAGCUCUUACUUCUCGAGGAUUCCUGGAAGACGACUUCAAGAAAGUAGCACAGUAUAUUCACAGGGGCAUUGAGCUUACUUUGGAGAUUCAGAAUGAUAUGAACCCAAAAGCCACACUGAAAGAAUUCAAGGACAAGCUGGCUUCUGAUGCCAAACACCAAGAGAAGAUAAAAGCCUUGCGAGAAGAAGUUGAAAAAUUUGCUGGCGCUUUCCCUAUACCAGGGCUGCCUGACCUGUAACUGUCAUUAGAUUAUCUGUUUGUUUGUACUGCUGUGUUCUUUUCAGUUCUCAAACUGUAACUCUAGUAACCAUGUUUAGCUUUAAAGGGAAUUUUAUAGUGUAAAAAGGAAAAUCCUCUAU